CCACCGUCCAGUGCCUUGCCCUCGUACGCAUAAGAUUCCGUCUCCACCCCAAUAACCGGCUCCUAUUCCCGAAAUGUCACUUGGUUCCCCUCGCCCUGCACAAUCACACCAGUGGAAGCCACCAGGACGCUUGGACCAUGCUGCGAUCCACUCGUGAUCCGCCCGCCAUCCAUCGUCUCCACUGUCCACUCCCAGUCAAUCCCUGAUGCUGGCCCCAGUUCCAUGUUCUCAAGCUCCCGCGCCCACGGCCCACUUGAUGGCCAACUGUCAGUUUCCAAAAACCUUGAAUCCUCCUCCUACCAUUUCACCCUCCCCUGCCCUCGGCUUCGUGGUAUUAUUCUCCCUCUUGCGGUCGCCAAAACUUGUUCUCUUUGACAACCCUCUUGCACCUGCCCACCUGCCCUCACCUGCCGUCUCCAUCCUGCACCGCCACGUCUGACGUGCCCAUUUGGUCCCUGCUUCAUUUCCUGGCCCGCACCACCUCCUUCCCGCACGACAGGACAAGACGAGUAUAUCCCAUCGUCUUGUGUCUUGCACCGUACCAACGUUGCUUUGCUGUGUGCCACUGCCACGCCUACGCCUGGUCGACAAGCUCCUUCCCACUAUCAACUUGUCUGGAAGACUUGAUGUCCUCUACACACGACCCCCUAGUCUCAUAACCUCAUCCUAUCUCGCAUUUCGUCAACCGGCCCACGCUGCGGCGCCCCUUCUGGUACAUGGUAUGCACCCUACCAACCCUAUGCGUUAUUCCCCUUGUCACGACUUCCAUCUCCUUAUGCCCACUGCUUGGUGGCGGGCUUGUCGGUUAUCACAUGCCCGCAUUGACCCAUCGACCCCUCCAAUACCAUUCAUCACUUGUUUCAAAUUCAUCCAAAUCGUCCUGGACUUGAUUGAAUGCUUCAGGCUCGUCUUAAGACCUUACCUGUUCGCUGGAUCAUCCUGGUCGACUUGUUUUCCUUGACUGUCUUGCUCGAGCCACUCCAUCUCGUUAUGUCCCAACCUUCUCUGCCCUGCCAAUGACAUCCCCCUGUCUCGAUACCAACCAUACCACAACCGAAUAAUUCCUUGCAAACAUCCAUCAACCAUCCAGUACGCGCGUUUUGUCUUCUAAUUGCUUGUCCACAACUCGCGCAUCCCGAUUCCCUUGUCUCCCCAUUCUUCGUUCCCUACCUGGUCCACGUCGGCCUGGCCCAGCAGCUUUCCUCUUCUGGGCUACCAACCUUCUCGGAUCGUGGGACGGGAGACCAGGCUCGUCUUUUCUACGCCGCUUCUUUCUCCAUCCUUGUUGUUGUCCAACAAACCGCUUUCUCUUGUUUUUUCGGGAUCUGCUUGACAUUGCAUCGCUGCGUUGUGCGGCCAGUCGCAAAGGUUGUGCGUUUCAUUGACCAUUGUACUGACGCAUUCAUCUAAAUGCAGCAUCGCACAACACAACCGUAUCAAAACGUUGCGCCUGGGCACCACGUACAGCAACCGCAGUCGCAAGCACAAUCGCGAACUUUGAGCAGCAGUCAGGCCAGUCACCAACCGUAUCCGUCGCCCAGCGUCUACACCCCUCAACAGGGCGUCCAGUCACCUUUUCUGAACAGCCAGGCCCAAUUCCAACAAGGCCCGUCCGAUUCUUCCAACUACUAUACUUCAAAUCCGAGUCCCAGGAGCCAGCAUAGUGGCGCGGCUCCAUAUUACCCUGCCGAAACAAAAGAACCUAUGGCAGCUACGACAAUGCAGAGGCCAUAUCCUCCUAUGUACAAUACCCCUCAAUCCAAUUCUCCGGCCUCGGUCACUUCACCUCAGUCGCAUGACCAUGGACGCCCAAUGUACGGUCAGCCGGGAGGAGGUUUAAGCCAACCGCUCUAUGGCUACCCACAAUAUCAAUCCCUGGGCCAGGUCCACCAACCCACCUAUGGCGGACAUCACCCCCAAAGUCAGCAACAUCAGCUUAACACACAGCCCAUGUUGCCCUAUUCAUCGAGCAAUUCUCAACUUUCGCAAGGCCAGGUUGGCUCUCACCACUCGACCAUAUCCAGCAGCCCUCGACUCAAGUCAGAAGUCAACCAGGCCUACCAGCAAUCGACUCAGCCUCGACCGGGGAUGAUGACACCGCAGAGUCACACUCAAUCGCAGUCGCAACCUCCACCACAGCACGCAAGUUCUACUCCGCAAGCCACUGCCUUACAGCAACAGCACCAACAGCACCAACAACAUCAACAGCACCAACAGCACCCUCAGCAGGCCCAGGCUCCACAGCACCAUCAGCAGCAGCCACAGCAGCAAUCACCGCCCGGCGUAGCUCCGAACUCGAAUGCGGCGCCAGGCCCAAUUCCAGCGACCACUCCUUUGGUAGUGCGCCAAGAUGGUAACGGGGUUCAGUGGAUUGCAUUCGAAUAUUCGAGAGACCGCGUCAAAAUGGAGUACACCAUUCGCUGUGACGUCGAAUCGGUGAACCCAGACAAUCUGUCACAAGAAUUCAAGUCAGAGAACUGUGUCUACCCCCGAGCUUGUGUGCCGAAGGAGCAAUAUAAAGGCAAUCGCUUGGCCUAUGAGACCGAUUGUAACCAGGUCGGUUGGGCGCUGGCAGAGCUGAAUGCCUGUCUUCGCGGCAAGAGAGGCCUGAUUCAACGUGCUGUGGAUAGUUGGAGGAACAGUAAUCAAGAUCCCAGACUGAGAAGUCGUCGCGUCAGGCGACAGGCCAAAAUCAACACUCGAACGAAGAUGCCACCUUCGAGCGCGAGCCAAGGCUCUGUCUCGACAAGCGCCAUCCCGACAGGGCUUCCUGGUCCCAAUUCAAUGGCUGCCCCAACUGCCAGGCCCCCUGGCACACUUACAAAUCCCCCAGCGCAGAUCCUCCAUCACCAUCAGGACAUUUCGCCUACAGGACAAGACAAUGUUGCAGCCUCUGCGUACAACACCGCACCACACAACUAUCGACAAGCACCAGCACCUCAGCACAUGGCAAGCCCGAAUGAUAUCCGCCAAAGUCACGUAUUCUCUGGUUAUCCGAACUACCCUAGUGUACCAACCUCCCUAGCGCCAUCAAUGGCACCCAACAUGCAGCCAGGGCUACAUCAUCUUGGGCGGCCGGGGGGUCCAGCAGCAAUGGUUUCCAAGGAGCAAGAAGCCAGGGACGAAGAAGACAAUGCCCUGUUCGGCGAGCUCCCCGAGGGCAAGCGACGCAAGUUCAUCCUCGUCGAAGACACUCAGAAGAAUGGCCGCGUGCGUGUCAAGGUCACUCUGGAUCAGAUUGAAAUGAGCGAGAUUCCCGAUUCUUAUCGGAAGCAAAAUUCGGUAUUUCCUCGAGCCUAUUUCCCUGUGCAGAUGCAGGAGGCUUCCGAGAGCAGCAAGAACGAUCGAUUCAACGAAGAAGGAGCAGAAGUCGACAGCGGAGUGCCAACGGUGGGCAAAACCUCCGUCUCAGUGCCUUCGAGCGAAGGCGAGGCUGAAGUUUCCGUGCCCCAGAUUUCGAGAAACAAACGAGCUCGUGAGCAAAAGGUCAACGAGCUGGGCUACCGUAUGGCUUGGGGACAAGGAAGGGUGUUCUCUGGACGGCCCAUUUUCCUUGCUCGGGCGCGUGAGUCUUAAGCACUAAACUCGUUGCCGAGACCACACUGACCAAACCUGCAGUAGAUGCUUAUCGAAGCAAACAGCGGAGCGCCCUUGUGGCUGCUGGCCAGGAAGAGUCUGCUAUCCCGGCGCAUCUCGAGGGCCGACCUGGAAAGAGGAGAUGGCUCGAACGCUCCAAGGUCGUGGACCAUUCAAUGACCCCACCAAAUCCGAGUUCUGUCUAAUGUCUCACUGUGCCCGCUGGGAGAUCUUGGAAGUAUGUACCUGCCUCCUGUCAGAUCAUCCGAAUCGUAUGGGGCUUGACCAGUGUCUGCCACCUUGGUGCCUCAUUUUAUUUCUCGCCAUGAUCGAUAUACGAAGAACUGCUGCCACCAACUAUCGCUCGAUGCAAGCAAUCUACAUGUGGCUAGAGGACUAUUUAGCAUGGCUCUUGAAUCAUCUCUGCCAGAUACGAAUUUGGGCUCGUUGUACCCAGUGUCUAUUCCGCGGUGUUGUUUCAGGAAUUAAAACAUGUCUCUGAAGCACGCCGUGAGCAACAUAUCAUUUCUCUGUACGGUUAUGGUACCGUUCUUAGGGUUUUUACUAUCCAGUCAUUGGAUGGUGAGAGCUUGUUCUGGAUAUUUCGAUGCGGAUACCCUUGUCACAUUUGUUCAUAUGCUGUCAAAUCAUUUUGGACCAGGGGUUUCUUGAGGUCACAACAAAUUGCCUCUUGGAAACAUUUCGGAGCAACGCAGCAGGGUUUGUUUUUUCUUGUAUUUGGAAUCCUCUGUACGGGAUUGGUGGCAUUCGACUAAUCAGGUCGGGAGAUGGCCUGCCACUUGUGUAUGUAUACAUUGUACAUGGGACAUAUUGUGUACUGGAAAAGUGUUGGGGAUUCGGGAAUAGGGAUCGAGGCAAGGAAUGGUCUGGAAGGCCAGGCGACUAACACGGGUUACGCGGCGGACAAACGAGCACAAUAUUCGACAUGGUCCAUCAAUGGGCCCAAAAUUCCGUUGGCACCAUUCGCAUACCAAAUGAUUUUUUUUUCUUCAAUGGUGAGGUGAAUUCAUAUUCGCUGAACACUCUUGGGCUUGACUUUUUCAAGCAACACAAAUUUCGGCUUUUUUCUUUUCCACGGGUACAUAUACGGACCGCCCCCUGGGAGUGGGAAUGCGCGUGGAGCAAUGGUCAGAAAGAAAAGAAGGGGAAAGAGAAAUAGUGAAAGAAAGCCACGAGGAGGAAGGAAAGCAAGCAGGGCUGGUGCUGGGGGCAAAGACGGGCAUGGUGAGAACACCAAAGGACUCCACUACUAACCAGCCUUGGGCAACGAGCGUCGAGCGUCGAGCAUCGAGUUUUGAAUAUCGAAUUUCGAUUAUCGGUGCGAGGAAAGGACAGGGAAGGCUUAUGGGAAUUUGCAAUCAUGGAGGAGGAGGAACAAACUAAGAUACCUAUCUAUCUUACCUUGACAGUGAAGAUUGAAAGCAUCGGCCCCGAUCUACGUGGGUCAUGGCGUUUGCCUUCCUAUUUCCCUA